AUGAAAUAGCAAAAAAAGAUAAGGUAAUAAUAAUUAAUAUUUCUAGAAAGGCUUAACGACGCAUUAUCCAAGUAAUAUAAAUUAUUAAGGAAGAUUGCUUAGACUCCUGGGUGAAUACUAACGAGUAUUUAUUAACAAAGUUCAGCACACCUUCUUGUGGAAUUUUUCAAGCUCCUGGAUCUAUGCUAGAGGUUCUUUUAAAAUCUGAAUGA